AUGAAUCCAACAACUACACCAAAGUUACCAAAUACAAAGUUGUUCAUUAACAACAAAUGGGUAGAUCCAAUUACCAAAAAUCAUUUUGACACUAUCAACCCAACUACAGAGGAAGUCAUCUGUCAAAUUUCACAAGCUGACAAACCAGAUGUUGAUUUAGCUGUUGCAGCUGCUAGAGAUGCAUUUGAAAAUGGACAAUGGUCAAAGAUGUCUGCCACCGAGAGAGGUGGUUUGAUGUAUAAGCUUGCCGAUUUGAUCGAUAAGAACAGAGAUUGGUUGGCUCAAUUAGAGACAAUCGAUGUUGGUAAGCCAUAUACUGUUGCACGUGACGCUGAUGUCGCCGAGUCUGCUCAGACCAUUCGUUACUUUGCUGCGUGGGCCGACAAGAUUCACGGAAAGGUGAUUCAGUCGGCCGCCAAUCACUUGACAUCCUACACCAGACACGAACCAGUUGGUGUGGCCGGUUUCAUCAUUCCAUGGAACUACCCACUGCAAAUCCUCUGUUGGAAACUCGGUCCAGCUCUGGCAGCCGGUUGCACUGUCGUCUGCAAGCCAUCGGAGAUCACUCCUCUAACUGCUCUGGCGUUGUGCGACUUGGUUAUUGAAGCGGGAUUCCCAGCCGGUGUCUUCAAUCUCGUCAAUGGACCGGGUCCUACCGUGGGUGAGGCUAUCUCGCGUCAUCCCGACAUCGACAAGAUCUCGUUCACCGGAUCGACCAGAGCCGGUCGCCAAAUCAUGGCGGCAUCCGGUGCCAGCAACUUGAAAAAGGUCACUCUGGAACUCGGUGGAAAGUCGCCAAACAUUGUGUUUGACGACGCCGACUUGGCACGUUGUGUGCAAGGCUCGAUCGAUGCCAUCUAUCCAAACAUGGGACAAUGUUGUUGCGCUGGCUCCAGACUCUACGUACAGGAGGGAAUCUACGAUGUCUUUGUCGAGAAAUUCAUUGCACUCGCCAAGAACUUGAAAUUGGGUGAUCCAUUCACUCAGAUCGAUCAAGGUCCAUUGGCAAGUGAGGCACAUCUCAAGAAUGUCCUCAACUUUAUCGAAACCGGUAAGAAAGAAGGUGCCAAGGUUCUUCUCGGUGGUGCCAGAGCACCAAUGAAAGGUUACUUUGUUCAACCAACCAUCUUUGCCGAUCUUCGUGACGACUCUUGCAUUGGAACCGAUGAGAUCUUUGGUCCAGUCGUUUGUAUCUUUAAAUUCAAGACUGUUGAAGAAGUUAUUCAAAGAGCUAACAACACCCAAUAUGGUUUGGCUGCGGGUUUAUGGACUCAAGACAUUAGUAAAGCACAUAGAGUUGAAAAGAAACUCAAGGCUGGUACUGUCUGGAUUAAUGAUUAUAACUACACUCAUUUCUUGAUUCCAUUCGGAGGAUACAAACAAAGUGGAUUCGGAAAGGAUCUUAGUGAAUAUGCUAUUCAAGAGUAUUGCUCUGUUAAAGCAGUCAUUCUUAACCAUGGUGCUCCAUAUUAA